AUGGCUACUGCAGCAAUGUCCAUAUUAUCGUUAAAUGCAGGUGAUACUUCGUCCAAAGUUUUAGUAAUUGGUGAAACAGGUAGUGGUAAAUCUACAUUCAUCAAUUAUUUAACAAAUUAUUUUAAAAAUGGUUCACUUGAUAAUCUACGAGUUUCGAUAAAAACAAAAUAUCGAUUAGCUACCGAAGGCUAUACACACAGUGAGAACAACACUGAUGAUACAUCAAAAUCACAGACUACAGCAUGUAGUCAGUACAAAUUUACCAGAAAUGGAAAAGCAUAUACGUUUUUAGAUACGCCGGGUCUCGGUGAUACGCGUGGUACUCAGCAAGAUGAUUUGAAUAUCGACAAGAUCAUCGGUUCAGUUGAGACGUUUAAUGGAAUUACGUGCGUUCUAAUUGUAAUGAAUGGUACUGUACCACGUUUAACUGUUAAUGUACAAAAUGUUAUUGUACGCCUACAAGGAUUUCUUCCUGAUGUAAUUAUGGAAAAUGUCAUUAUUGUUCUUACAAAUGCCUAUCGUUAUGCAGCUAAUGCAGAUUUAGAGAAGUUAUUAAAUUUGAAAUCUAUAGUACAUCCAUUCUAUAUGCAGAAUUCUGCAUUUUCAAACUCGAAAUGGGAUCAGAUGGCAUUGGAAUCUUUACAGGCAGACUGGAAAAUGUCUAUGACUGAAUUGAAAACUUUAGUUGAUCUUGUCGAUCAAUUCGAAGUUAAAACGGUAGCAGCCUUCGGUGAUAUGAAGCAACUUCGGCAUGAUAUUAAAUCAAUGAUGCACAAUGCACGAUUAGAAGUUGAAAAUAUUCAAAAAGCCCAGGAUGAAAUGGCAGCAAUUCAAACAGGUAUUAAAGGUUUUGAUGAUGAUAUCAGUAAAAACAAAGAUUUUACGAGAAAGAAAGUAGAUGUAGCUCAGCUAGUUGAUGCACCGUAUCAUAGUACAAUAUGUUCACAAUGUAAUCAUGUCUGUCAUGAUCAUUGUGCACUACAAGAAACGUACACACAAGGACACCAGGUAUUAUGUGGGUGUAGUUGCAUGGGUGGUGCUAACCAGUGCAGAGUCUGUGAAGGUCAUUGUCCAUACACCCAACAUUAUCAUGCACGAAAAACGAUGUCGAAGACACAGCAGACCGUAGAUGAAGUAUUACAUGAUAUUAAAGCCAAAUAUGAUGCAGCUUCGACGAAUAAAAAUCAGGCACAACAGAAAUUGACAACAAUAAGUGAUCAAAAGAAGAUGUUAGAAAAUGCACUGAUACAGAAAAAUGCUGAAAUCAAAACGAAAUGUUUAGAACUAAAAAAGCACUGCAGCGGUUUCAAUAUUGUUGCUGAAUUAAAUAUUAUGAUUAAACAGUUAGAAACAUCAAAACAUAAUAUUAAAGAUCUGGAUGCACUUCGUCAAGCUGAAACCUUUAUUAAUAGUUUAGUCGGAUUUUGUAAUCAAUUGGAAAAGGAUACUGCAUUGCCAAAUACACAACAAAAAAAUCAAAUGAAAAUUCAAGAUAAUUAUCGUCCAGGCCCUCGAGGAGGUGGUACUAAUUUUCAAGGUCAAAGAGCCGUUUCCGGUGAUCGAGCACACAAUGAUGAACAAUAUUCCGAAGAAGAGAAAGAGGAGACAGGUUUUGGCAAUGCACCACUUCAAAAUCAACAACGUCCAAGACGUAAAAAAGUAUUCAAUCGACAUCCCGAUAGUGCCACAAGCAACCAAGACAAUUUCAUCCGAAACGCACCGCGUCAACAACAUCAGCAGCAACAACAACGUCCUAAUAGGGCUGCAAGUAAUCACAGAAAUUACAACAUUAAUACUCCUUGUCAGCAACAGCAACCUUUGGCAACAGGCAGACCAGCUGCCUCGUCGGACGGAAAAAACAUAUGGUGUGGCGGAUUUACAGAAGGUAUUGAACAUCGGUUUCUCUCCCAUUC